AUGGCAAGCAGCCAUCGACCGCCGGUCCUCUUCCAGUCCGACGACGACGAACAUCACCAUCACCACCAACGUCACGACAACAACGACCACAGUCAUCACGCCUUUGGUGAUGGACACACCGCUGACCCUAGGUCAACUGGUCUCCUCAGUCAUCAACACAAUGACUUGCUUCACGGACAAAGCUCAACACACGCAGACGGACGCGGGCACAGUCAAGAACGAGGGCAUGGACACCUGUACGACGAGCUAGAGAACUUGGACGACUCGCCACCACAUGUCCACUCCCAGGCCUGUCUCGAUUCUUGUCCCGUCCAGGAUAUCUACACCGAAACGAGUUAUUCCAGGUUUAGCAAAGGCGCCCGCACAAACUUGUAUGGAUUGGUCGUUGUCAAAGAGCUAGGACAAGUAACUACGACUUCCACAACGCAAUCAACAGCGCCUUCUUCAGGAAUCGCCCCUCUCCAUCUACCAACUCAAGAUUUUCAACCACCUUCUACCAAUGUCUCAGAAACAGGGCCACCACUAUCCACAGAAGCAGGGAGAGACUCUGGAUUGGCGCCAGAUGCUGGCCGUAUCAGGAGGAGUAAAAGCAGCAUUUUUACCGAAACAGGAGACUUGACUUACCGCCAUCUCCCUGGAAGAUAUGUUCUUGUUGCGGCUGGAGGCGCUGUUAAAUUCUUCUUGGGCCUUCAGGACACGUUCGAGUUUACGCUAGGCCCAAGCGAGUUUAGUCCACCACAGGGAGCAGGAGCUGGAACUGAAGGAACUGGUGGCGGAGGCGGCGUCGCAACAGCACCUGCGCCAAAUCUAGAGAUCGUUUCGAUGGAUGCCUUUGAGCGCAAGGACGAGCGCGGUUGUCAGUUGGUUCUCGUCGUAUCAAUCGCCAAGGCAGAAGACCCUCCGCAAUUUGAGCUUCGAUUCUACGGUGUCAAUACCUUCGCUCCUAGUAUCCGAGAGCUUUUGCUCCAACUUCCUUCCACGACUGACAUCCAAUCAGUUCCUUUGACUUGGGCACCCACGAAGAUUAUCCAUUCACCAUUGGAGGAUGACCCGUUCGAGAUGGUGGUCCUGGUCGGUGGAGGCGACAGCCGAGUUCACCUCUUUGUUCAGGAUGCACUGGACGUCUUGCCGUCCAAUGGUCUAUUCAAGGAACAACCCGUCGAGACCGUAUUCUCCAUUCUGGCUUCGUUCCCAUAUUGCGAGUAUUGUGUACUGAGUUUGGUUAUCAAGGACUAUCUGACAUGCCGAGUCGUCGCUGCAGGAACACAGAACGGGACGUUGAAUGUUGGUAUCAUCCCAAGAGACCCCGUCACCUUCCAACUGGACCGGGCUAACGCAAAGGCGCAUACCGUGGUGUUGUUCUCGCCGAUCACGACCCUUACAGUGUAUACGUCUCGGGUACAAACAGAGCGGCGGAGGCGGCAGCAGCACCAGCAGCAGCACCAGCAAACUGAGCAAACGGACCAAGACGAUGACUUUGAAGAGGAGGAAGAGGAUGGUAUCCACCUCUUGGUCACAUGUGCGACUGAGCAGGCAUGGGUCUACAGCGAUAUCUGCAAGCACGGACUCAGUCGACGAGCUGACCUUGCAGAGUGCUCGUACCAUGACAGUAUCCUGGCCGCACAUGCUAUGGACGCAGAUUGGGACGGACAAAACGAGGUGUUGAUCGGGACUUACGGACGACAGCUCAUGGUCUUCAAACAGCUGCCUCCAGGACAGGAGCCUUACUCAAAAUCGAGCAAUGUUAUUCACCUGAAGCAGCCCCAACCGUCUUCUCUACAACACCCACAUCUUCAUAACCAUCAACAUCAUAACAGCCAAAGGUCCAGUAGCAUCAGCAGUACUCAACAAUUGCAGAGGCAACUCCGGAAUUCUUUGCAGAUCCAACAACAACUGCAGCUCCAGCAACUCCACCAGCAGCAACAAAUGCUUCAACAACAACAACUACAGCAGCAGCAGCAGCAGCAGCAACAGCAGAUUCAUCUGUCCGGACCAACUGUGUCCAGUCCUUCAGCUAUUGGCGAUGGUGGAAAUGGCGUCUCCUUGACCCCACAAUGGGGCAUGACUUGGAACCGACGCUUCGCAUCACCUGUCUAUGGGAUCUCCUCUGCCGACUUGAACGAUGAUGGACUUGAGGAACUUAUCAUCACGACGAUCAACGGCGUGUCUUUCUUCCUGCCAGAUCCUCGGACAGCCAAGCGACGGCUGGCGCAGGCUGUGGAGCGCAUGCGUGAGAUCAAGGAGAUGCGCGAGAUUCUGGGGCAGCUACGGCGGGAUAACCGUAAGCUUGUGGAAGAUAAGCGUGUCAAGGAGGAGAAAGAGAAGGAGGAGGAGGAGGAGGAGGAGGAGGAGCGGAGGAGAGAGGAAGCCGAGGAAGAGCGCCGGAGGAAAGCGAACGAGGCUGAAGAAGAAGCUGAGCGCAAGGAGAAGGAGAUUCUUGACUUGAAAGAGUUACAGAGAAAGGAGAAGGAAGAGAAGGAGGAGAAGGCAUUGGAAGAGCCACGGCUACGGGAAAAACAGCAAAAAGAGCAGGGCGAGCUGGAUAAGGUGCCGUCUAAUGAGCCAGACCAUGAAGAACCGGAGACAGAAGAGAAAGAGGAAGGGGCGUUGGUUGCUGCUACUGUUGAGAGUGUCGAGGAGCAAGUACCAGCAGAAGCUGAGAGCAAGGUCCAGAACAACGGCGAGGUUGGCGCAAGUCAGGCCGUCGACGCAGAGCUCACGAGUAUCACAGGCGUAGUGAAAGAUGAGGACAAGGGGUUAGAUGCUACUGAGGCGAUAGUGAUUGGGAAGAGUGAUAGUAAGGAUGAAAAGGGUGAGACGGGCGAGGAAGUGUCAGAGGAAAAGGCAGAGGUUCACGAUGAGUCGCCAGAGCAUGAGUCGUCCGAUUAA